AUACAACUGGAUCCGCAGCUACUGACGUUCUAAAUGCAUCCACAACAAAUCUUUCAUCUUCAACUAAUGGUACAUUUGUAAAUGGUCAACAAGUUGAUCCAAAUGAUUUACAAGGAUUCGAAUCAUUCUAUCAUGGUCGAUCAUUAAAUGAUGAUCAAGUCUUUUUAGUUAUUUAUCUUGUUGAUACAUUUCGUUAUGAAUUAAUUCGAUCAACAAAUAAUGACAACGAAAAUCUUAAUCUAAAUGAAACUAUUGAUGUUUAUAUAAAAAAAGCAAUGUUUCGUAUUUAUAUGGAUCUUGUCAAAGAUUUACCAGAAAAAAUAUCCAGUCGAAUUAAUAUUCAAAUUAUUCCAUUUGAAUCAAUAAUAAAUCAACAAAUUGAAGCUGAUUCCGAUCUUCGUAUAACUCAAUUCAAACGAUUAUCAUUUCAUAUUUAUGAUCAAUUACGACGUACAAUUUCCUAUACAACUCGAGCAAAAUCUCUAACAGGUUUUGGACCAGCUGCGUCUGAAGAAAAAAUGCCAGCUAAAAUUGUUAUGCAACUCUAUACACCAGCAUAUAUUCUUUCGCCUAAAUCAGAUUUUCGUUUUAAAUCUUUUGCUGAUAUAACUGAACAAACAAAUAUAAAUGGAAGUAUUCUGUUUUGUUCAUAUUGUUUAUCGGAUGAUCAACGAUAUUUAUUAGCAACUUGUUCGGAUGAUCGAGGAGAAUUAUUAGAAACAUGUUCAAUUAAUAUCGAAGUUACUGAUAGACAUAGAAGGAAAGUUCAACAUGCUAGACGAAUUGGUUUACAAAAAUUAUGGGAUUUUAUUAUGCGUAUUAUAACAAAUACAACGAUGCCAUGGAGAAUCGUAGUUGGAAAAUUAGGAAGACUUGGUCAUGGAGAAUUAAAAAACUGGGGAAUAAUUUUAUCGAAGAAAAAUCUUGUUCGUUGUGCAACAUUAAUACGUGAUACGUGUCCGAUGUGUCAUAUUCUACGUAGUCAUGAUCAUCCUGUUAUAUUAUCCGCUUGUUUAAUAUCUAUGGAAACACAUUCAUUAUUAGCUAUUCUACCUGAAUCAUUUGAAUUUGGAGAAAUGCGUGGAACACAACCAUCGAAUAAUAAUGCAACAACAAUGCAAAAUAAUGGGCAAACUUUGAAUAAUAUUUCUGUUACACAUAUUCUUACAUUACCAACAUCAGCCAUUGUACAGCAUGUACAAAAUAUUCCUCGAGCAAAUGAUGCUCGUCAAACAUCAGUUGAAGAUGAUGAUAUAUUUGGCAGUUUCUCUUUAUUUGAAGAUGGAGGAUAUGACAAUAUGCAAUCUCCACCACCUGAUCUAGACUUGCCAGCUAAUCUUGGUUUUGAUAUGAAUCAUAAUGGAAAUCCAAAUGGUCAACUUAGUCGUUUGAAUAGUUUAUCUGUUUCACAAAAUAAUUAUUAUAACAAUGAUCAAUAUGGAAAUUCUUUAAAUAAUUCUAAUAUAAAACCAAAUUUAUAUCAUUUAGAUUCAGAAGUUGAUAUGAAUGAUAUACCAACAUUACAUCAACAACCACUUGCACUUGGAUUUUAUGUUUCAACUAUUGGUACAUUAAAUCCGUUACCAAUAUGGAUGUUACAAGGAAAAUCUAAUCAACGUUUAAAUAAUUCAUCAAGUGUAUUUAAAGCUACAUUACAUAUUAGUAUACCGAAUGCUCAACAUUCCGAUGAUAUUUUAUUUAAUCAAAGUCAUGACCAAAAAUCUACACAUCCACUUGAUUCAAAUUAUACAUAUGUUGUACUUAGACAUGUUCUUGAAUCUUACAAUCGUUUAUCAUGGUUAUUGAUCGAUGCUAAAACUAAUGAACGUGCUAGUUGUUUACCAAUUCAUAUGGAAACAUUAUUAAGAUUAUACCAUGCUUUCAUGAAAUUUGUAUGA